UUUGCCAUAAUUUCCAUUGUCACUCAGCUCAGAUGAGCUUUCCUUCUGCUACCAAUUAGCAAAAUCCAGCAACUCCAUUAAUUCUCAUGGAAAGCCUUCAUAACCAUAACAUCCAUAUCCCUCUAUUUUCUCUGCUUUUUAUUCUCUUCCACUUCUCAUCCCUUCACUUUCUCUCUUUAGCCUAUGAGCAACCUGAUGAGUAUUUCGUCAAUUGUGGGUCUAGAGCUAAUGCAAACCUCAAUGACCGGGUGUUCACUGCAGACUCUGGUUUUUUGUGCUUAGAGAAAAGCAGGGCCAUUGAAAGCACCAACCAGUCGUCAAGUCCGUACCAAACAGCAAGAAUUUUCUACAACCAAUCCUACUAUGAGUUCAAGAUCGCUGUAAACGGUACUUAUAUUGUCCGUCUGCAUUUCUUGGCUUUCUCCUCCUCCUCAGUUAAUCUCUCAUCAGCUCUUUUUGAUGUUUCGGCUUUUCCUAUUGUUUCAAAUUCUGGGUUCAAACUGCUGAGCAAUUUCACUGCAAAGAACAGUAGCAACUCUCCUUUGAUAGAGGAGUUCUUUCUUGCCAUUGGUCCUGGCUCAUUUAAAAUAUAUUUUGCACCUCAAGGAUCAUCUUUUGCAUUUGUAAAUGCCAUUGAAGUCUUCCGUGCACCUUUGAAAUUCAGCCCUCGGAAUUACAGCAGUAGUUUCCCUUUAGUUCUACGUACAAUUUACAGGGUGAAUGUUGGAGGCCAGAAAAUCACAGCAGAUAAUGACAAAAUACGGAGAAACUGGGAACAAGAUGAUAGAUAUCUGUCUAAUUCAACCUCUAAAGAGGAUAGCCGACCCUCCUCACAGACGCUUAUUAGACAGUUGGUAGAAUCUGAUGGUUUCGUUGGUGCUGAUAGUGAUUUUAUUGCUCCAGACUUAGUUUACCAGACCGCCAAAGUGAUGACCGGUAAUAUUACCGGGCUAUCCAAUCCCGUCAACAUAACCUGGUCUUUUAAUGUGAGUGCGGAUGCUAGACACCUCGUACGGGUUCACUUCUGUGACAUUAUCGGUCUGCUUCGUAAUUUAUUAGUAUUUAACUUGUAUUCAAAUGGAAACUUCAUUAAGAAGGUUGGUGGACCCCAUUUCAGUUUUAAUAACCCGUACUGGCCUUUCUACUAUGAUUUUGUAUUGAGUUCUAAUGGAUCUGAAUUCAUUAACAUCAGCAUAGGCCCUAACAAUUCCUUUCUCAAUGGACUGGAAAUGUUGGAGAUAAUAGAGGGACCAGCUUUAAGUAACCCUCCAGCUUCAGUUUGUAAUAUGAAAGGGCGCAAGAAGAUAAAUGUGGGUCUUGUGGUUGGUUCAGUUAUUGGAGGCCUGUCACUUAUCUGCAUUCUGAUUGUCGGAAUCUUGUUCGGUUUGAAAUACAGAAAGGCAAAGCGUGUUGAAACUUCGGAAUGGUCACCAGUGCCUGCAUUUGGAGGAGGGAGUACCCACAGCAAGUUGACUGAUGGAACUAUUACUGGUUCCCCUAUGAAUUAUCUAAAUCUUGGGUUGAAGAUAUCUUUUGCUGAACUUCAGCAAGCAACAAACAACUUUGACACAAAAUUGUUGAUAGGUGAGGGUGGCUUUGGGAAUGUCUACAGAGGAACUCUGUUGAAUGGCACCAAUGUAGCUGUCAAGCGAGGUAAACGAGAUGAGCAAGGGUCAGGCCAGGGCCUUCCAGAAUUUCAAACAGAGAUCAUGGUUUUGUCCAAGAUUCGCCACCGCCAUCUUGUUUCCUUAAUUGGGUACUGUGAUGAAAGGUCUGAGAUGAUACUGGUCUACGAGUUCACGGAAAAAGGGAGCUUGAGAGAUCAUUUAUAUGAUUCAAACUUGCCUCGCUUGUCAUGGAAGAAAAGGCUUGAAAUUUGUAUUGGUGCAGCAAGGGGUCUUCAUUACCUCCACAGAGGUGCAGCUGGGGGAAUCAUUCACCGUGAUGUUAAGUCCACC